GUAACUGAAGUCUAUCUAAAAGGUCUUUCCCGGCUUGGUCUUGGGUUUGCCGCUGAUUUUCCCGAAAAUGACGGCGUCUUGCGUGCCUCGCCAGGCGCCUCCCGGCCGCCCAGAGAGUCCCCCUUUUUCUUGGUGCUGCGGCGGGAUUCUUUUGCUGCCCUUAGUGCUCCCGUUGCCCAUAUUCUCCGGUCCCUGUAUUGAUCCACCAGUAUUGGAGAGUAUGAAGCUCAAGGGUGUCAUUAAACGCCAUUAUUAUCCUGGGGACAGAAUAGACUAUGAGUGUCACAGAGGAUACUUUUAUGUGUGGCCUUAUCUCCUCGCAUCUACUUGUGAGCCUAAUGGCUCAUGGAGCCCUAUUGAAGAAGCAUGUUUAAGAAAAUCAUGUCCAAAUCCAGAAAUAAAACAUGGUGAAGUAUAUGCCCCAAAUAAAACCUUUGAGUUUGAAUCAGAAGCUCACAUUUCUUGUAAUGAAGGUUAUUACUUAAGAGGAAAAAAAAUUCUAACUUGUAACCUUAUUGGAGAUAAUGUGCAUUGGAGUGAUAAGAUACCACAUUGUGAAAAGAUUUUUUGUGGACGACCUCCAAAAAUAAUACAUGGAAAACACACCAAUAGCUACAGGAAUAUAUUUGAAUAUAAUGAAUUAGUAACUUAUAGUUGUAAUCCUUCAAAUGGAUCAGAUGAAUAUUCACUUGUUGGAGAGAGCCAGCUUAUUUGUUCUGGACCUGGCAAAUGGAGUAAUGCUGCUCCUCUGUGUAAAGUGGUCAAAUGUGAACGUCCAGUACUCAAACAUGGAAUAAUGGUGUCAGGAAGUAGAGAAAAAUUUUCCUACCAAGCAGUGGUGAUAUUUGAAUGCCUCCAGGGUUUUUACCUUAAUGGCAGCAACCUAGUGUUCUGUGGUGGUAAUAAUACUUGGGAGCCUGAGAUGCCAAAGUGUAUUAAAGGUUACAAGCCUACUCAUCCAACCAAGACUCCACUUUCAAAAUAUCCAGGAUAUCCCAAUCCCAGUGACGAAAUACUAUCACUUGAUGACUUUGAGGAUUUAGAUGCAGGAAUCAUUGCUCUGAUUAUUCUUACUGCAAUUGUUGCUGUUGUAGUAGUUUGUACCUGCCUGUACAGAUGUCUUCACAGUGAGAAGAAAGAGGGGAAGGAUAUGAAAGAGAAGGAAGAAAAGGAUAUGAAAGAGAAGGAGAAGAAAGAGAAGGAGGAGAAGGAGAAAAAGGAGAAGGAGAAGAAGGAAAAGGAGAAGGAGAAGAAAGAGAGGAGAUGAAAGGCCAUGUGGCUGUCAGGGUCUUGGUGCUCUGGCCAGGUGUCAGGCCUGAGCUUCUGAGAUGGGAGAGCCAAGUUCAGGACAUCGGACCACCAGAGACCUCCCAGCCACAAGUAAUACUAAUCGGCAAGAGCUCGCCCUGAGAUCUCUUUCUCAAGACUAAGACCCUGCUCCACUCAACGACCAGCAAACUCCAGUGCUGGAUACCCUAUGCCAAACAACUAGCAAGACGGGAACACAACCCCACCCAUUAGCAGAGAGGCUGCCUAAAAUCAUAAUAAGGUCACAGACACCCCAAAACACACCAGUGGAUACGGUUCUUCCCACAAGAAAGAAAAGAUCCAGGCUCAUCCACCAAAACUCAGGCACCAGUCCCCUCCACGAGGAAGCAUACACAACCCACUGAACCAAACUUACCCACUGGGGGUAGACAAAAACAAUGGGAACUACGAACCUGCAGCCUGAGAAAAGGAGACCCCAAACACAGCAACGUAAGCAAAAUGAGGAGACAGGGAAAUACGCAGCAGGUGAAGGAGCAAAGUAAAAACACACCAGACCAAACAAAUGAAGAGGAAAUAGGCAGUCUACCUGAAAAAGAAUUCAGAGUAAUGAUAGUAAAGAUGAUCCAAAAUCUUGGAAACAAAAUGGAGAAAAUACAAGAAAUGUUUAACAAGGACCUAAAAAAACUAAAGAGCAAACAAACAAACAGUGAUGAACAACACAGUAAAUGAAAUUAAAAAUUCUCUAGAAGGAAUCAAUAGCAGAAUAACUAUGGCGGAAGAAUGGACAAGUGACCUGGAAGAUAAAAGAAUGGAAAUAACUACUGCAGAGGAGAAUAAAGAAAAAAGAAUGAAAAGAAUUGAGGACAGUCUCAGAGACCUCUGGGACAACAUUAAAUGUACCAACAUUCAAAUUAUGGGGGUCCCAGAAGAAUAGAAAAAGAAACGAACUGAGAAAAUAUUUGAAGAGAUUAUAGUUGAAAAUUUCCCCCUUGUGGGUAAGGUAACAGUCAAUCAAGCCCAGGAAACACAGAGUCCCAUACAGGAUACUCAAAGGAGAAACAUGACAAGACGCAUAUUAAUCAAACCAUCAAAAAGUAAAUACAAAGAAAAAAUAUUAAAAGCGGAAGAGGGGGCUUCCCUGGUGGCGCAGUGAUUGGGAGCCCGCCUGCUGAUGCAGGGGACGCGGGUUCGUGCCCCGGUCCGGGAGGACCCCAUGUGCCGCGGAGCGGCUGGGCCCAUGGGCCAUGGCCGCUGAGCCUGCGCGUCCGGAGUCUGUGCUCCGCAACGGGAGAGGCCACGACAGAGAGAGGCCCGUGUACCGGAAAAAAAAAAAAAAAGCAGAAGAGGAAAAGCAACAAAUAACAUACAAGGGAAUCCCCAUAAGGUUAACAGCUGAUCUUUCAGCCGAAACUCUGCAAGCCAGAAGGGAGUGACAGGAUAUAUUUAAAGUGAUUAAAGGGAAAAACCUACAACCAAGAUUACUCUACCCAGCAAAGAUCUCAUUCAGAUUUGACAGAGAAAUUAAACCUUUACAGACAAGCAAAAGCUAAGAGAAUUCAGCACCACCAAAGCAGCUUUACAAGAAAUGCUAAAGCAGUUUCUUUGGGCAGGAAAUACAAGAGAAGGAAAAGACCUACAAAAACAAGCCCAAAGCAAUUAAGAAAAUGGUAAUAGGAACAUACAUAUUGAUAAUUACCUUAAACGUAAAUGGAUUAAAUGCUCCAACUAAAAGACACAGGCUCGCUGAAUGGUUACAAAAACAAGACCCAUAUAUAUGCUGUCUACAAGAGACCCACUUAAGACCUAGGGACACAUACAGUCUGAAAGUGAGGGCAUGGAAAAAGAUUUUCAGUGCAAGUGGAAAUCAAAGCUGGAGUAGCAGUUCUCGUAUCAGACAAAAUAGACUUUAAAAUAAAGACUAUUACAAGGGACAAAGAAGGACACUACAUAAUGAUCAAGGGAUCAAUCCAAGAAGAAGAAAUAACAGUUGUAAACAUUUAUGCAUCCAACAUAGGAGCACCUCAAUACAUAAGGCAAAUGCUAAGAGCCAUAAAAGGGAAAUCGACACUAACACUAUAAUACUAGGAGACUGUAACACCCCACUUUCACCAAUGGACAGAUCAUCCAAUAUGAAAAUAAAUAAGGAAACACAAGCUUUAAAGGACACAUUAAACAAGAUGCACUUAAUUGAAAUUUAUAGGACAUUCAUUCCCAAAACAACAGAAUACACUUUCUUCUCAAGUGCUCAUGGAACAUUCUCCAGGAUAGAUCAUAUCUUGGGUCACAAAUCAAGCCUUGGUAAAUAUUAAAAAAUUGAAAUCAUAUCAAGUAUCUUUUCUGACCACAAUGCUAUGAGACUAGAUAUCAAUUUCAGGGAAAAACUGUAAAAAAUACAAACAAAUGGAGGCUAAACAAUACACUACUAAAUAACCAAGAGAUAACUGAAGAAAUCAAAGAGGAAAUUAAAAAAUACCUAGAAACAAAUGACAAUGAAAAGACGAGGACCCAAAACCUAUAGGAUACAGCAAAAGCAGUUCUAAUAGGGAAGCUUAUAACAAUACAAUCCUGCCUCAAGAAACAAGAAACAUCUCAAAUAAACAACCUAACCUUCAUCGAAAGCAGUUAUAGAAAAAGAUCAAAAAACUGCAAAGUUAGCAGAAGGAAAGAAAUCAUAAAUAUCCGAUCAGAAAUAAAUGAAAAAGAAAUGAAAGAAAUGAUAGCAAAGAUCAAUAAAACUGAAAGCUGGUUCUUUGAGAAGAUAAGCAAAAUGGAUAAACCAUUAGCCAGAUUCAUCAAGAAAAAAAGGGAGAAGACUCAAAUCAACAGAACUGGAAAUGAAAAAGGAGAAGUACCCUGCAGAAAUACAAAGGAUCAUGAGAGAUUACUACAAGCAACUAUAUGCCAAUAAAAUGGACAACCUGGAAGAAAUGAAAAAAAUGUUAGAAAAGCACAACUUCUGAGACUGAAACAGGAAGAAAUAGAAAAUAUAAACACACCAAUCACAAGCACUGAAAUUGAAACUGUGAUUAAAAUCUUCCACCAAACAAAAGACCAGGACCAGAUGGCUUCACAGGCGAAUUCUGUCAAACAUUUAGAGAAGAGCUAACACCUAUCGUUCUCAAACUCUUCCAAAAUAUAGCAGAGGGAGGAACACUCCCAAACUCAUUCUACAAGGCCACCAUCACCAUGAUACCAAAACCAGACAAAGGUGUCACAAAGAAAGAAAACUACAGCCCAAUAUCACUGAUGAACAUAGAUGCAAAAAUCCUCAACAAAAUACUAGCAAACAGAAUACAACAGUACGUUAAAACGGUCAUACACCAUGAUCAAGUGGGAUGUAGCUCAGGAAUGCAAGGGUUCUUCAAUAUACGCUAAUCAAUCAAUGUGAUACAUCAUAUUAACAAAUUGAAGGGUAAAAACCAUGUGAUCAUCUCAAUAGAUGCAGAAAAAGCUUUCGACAAAAUUCAACACCCAUUUAUGAUAAAAUCCCUCCAGAAAGUAGGCAUAGAGGAAACUUACCUCAACAUAAAAAAGGCCAUAUAUGACAAGCCCACAUCCAACAUUGUUCUCAAUGGUGAAAAACUGAAACCAUUUCCACUAAGAUCAGGAAUAAGGCAAGGUUGCCUAUUCUCACCACUAUUAUUCAGCAUAGAUUUGGAAUUUUUAGCCACAGCAAUCAGAGAAGAAAAAAUAAUAAAAGAAUCCAAAUCGGAAAAGAAGAAGCAAAACCUUCACUGUUUGCAGAUGAGAUGAUACUAUACAUAGAGAAUUCUAGAUGCCACCAGAAAACUACUAGAGCUAAUCAAUGAAUUUGGUAAAGUAGCAGGAUACAAAAUUCAUGCCCAGAAAUCUCUUGCAUUCCUAUACACUAAUGAUGAAAAAUCUGAAAGAGAAUUUAAGGAAACUCUCCUAUUUACCAUUUCAACAAAAAGAAUAAAAUACCUAGGAAUAAACCUUCCUAGGGUGACAAAACACCUGUGUGCAGAAAAUUAUAAGACACUAAUGAAAGAAAUUAAAGGUGAUACAGAGGGAGAGAUAUACCAUGUUCUUGGAUUGGAAGAAUCAACAUUGUGAAAGUGACUCUACUACCCAAAGCAAUCUACAGAUUCAGUGCAAUCCCUAUCAAACUACCACUGGCAUUUUUCACAGAAGUAGAACAAAAAAUUUCACAAUUUGUAUGGAAACACAAAAGA